AUGGAACGCAUCAUCGGCAACGAGUACUGCUGCGCCAUCUCGCCGCCCGCCGCCCCGGACUUUUGCCUGCACAUGGCCCUCUUCUACCGCCGCUGCAACCGCACCGGCCAGCCCCUGCGCACCUCGCCCGCCACCGUGCUCGCCUCGCCGCCGCCCACCCCGCCGCCCGCCCGGCCCCUGCCCCUGCCGCCGGGCUGCUGCCGCGCGCAGCCGCCGUCGCGGGAGCCGCGCAUGGGCCGCUACGCCGUGUACCGCCUCAUCUACGAGAGUGGCCGCGCCGGCGGUGGCCAUCAUCACCAGCACCAGCACCAGCACCAGCCGCCGCUGCACAGGCUCUUCGUCGAGACGGGCCUGGCCGGGCCCGUCCGCGGGCUCUACCUCGACGUCACCGGCUCCCCCGAGACCGGCAUGCGCUACACCGAGAUGCCGGGCGACGACCCGGAGCGCCUCGCCGCCGCCGCCGUAUCCACCUCUUCUUCCCCCCUGCCCUCCCUCUUCUCCGCCUCCUCCGCCUCCCCCCCCUCGUCCUCGGCCCCCGUCCUCGCCCUGCAGACCAAGACGCUCGUCGGCACCAUCGCCGCCGAGGACUUUGACCGCUUCCGCGACAUCUGCCGCCGCAACCCGCCGCCGCCGCGCCAGUUCGACGGCGCCCGCCGCCUCGUCCCCUGGGUGCCUGUCCGCCGCUCGCAGGACUGGGUCCACGAGUCCAUUGCCCGCAGCGUCGCAGAGGGCAUCCUCGACGUCGGCUUGCGCCAGCAGUCUGCCUGA